GCUGGUGGCACAGUCUUGGAGUGACAAAUACUAAGCAUGUUGCAGAAUCCUUCGAAAUAUCACGCCAACCCACUGUCACACUUCCUUGCGUUGCAUAACACACAAGCCAACAGUGUGGCGCAUGCACAUGCACACGCACACGCACAUGGACACGGACAUGGACAUGGACAGCUGCAACCGCAUCAUACACUGCCCACGGCAGGUCAGCAGCAGCAGCAGCAACAGCAACCACACAAACACAGACCCACCACCAACACCAACAGCAGCUACAGCAGCAGCAAAAGGGAGCAACUUGCGACUGCGACGUCGCACGCGCAGCUCAUUGAGGCAGCCGCGGCGCAUACCUCCCUCGAUGUGGGCAAGUCAUUCACAAUAGCCGCCAUUUUGGGUCUGCAGCAGAGUAAGGAGUAUAAUAAUGCCAUUAAUUUGUCUCUCAAUGGUGGCGGCGGCGGCGGGGGCGCUGCAGCAGACCUGCUUGACCAGGACAACAACAACAGCAGCAAGUGCUACAGCAACAACAACAAUAGCAACAGCAACAGCCAAAGUGUAAAUAACUUCAAUUGUGAUAGCACCGGCAGUCGUUAUCUGUCCACCGUGCAGCAUUCGCAUUCGCACGUCUUAAGUCAUUCCCAUCAGCGUGCAAAUUUCGCUGCUGCCGCUGCUGUAGCUGCUGCCGCCGCUGCUGGUGGACCCUCCGCAUUGCAGAGCCUGCAACAACUGCAUCAACAUCACGCACAGCAGGCAACGCUUAGCUUUCAGCGCGAUAAGCUUAAAUCGGAGUCGCAUAAGAAAAAUGCGUUGAAAAAUAAACGUGUGCGUACGAUUUUCACGCCGGAGCAGCUUGAGUGCUUGGAGGCAGAGUUUGAGCGACAGCAGUAUAUGGUUGGACCGGAACGUCUGUAUCUGGCGCAUACGCUUAAGCUGACAGAGGCACAGGUAAAGGUGUGGUUUCAAAACCGACGCAUCAAAUGGCGCAAACAUCAUUUGGAGUUAACACAACAGCGUCUGGCCAUGAUUAGACAGACGCAGCUGCCUGGCGCUGCAGCAACAACCACUGCAACUAGUUCGACCACAACCAGCACCAACAAUGAGCUGCAGCUGACCAUGAACUGCAGCACGGGCUCGCCCAGUUUGCUAGAGGAUGACAAUGAGGAUAGCAAGCAUUCGUUAUCGGUUGCACUGCAGCCAUUAAGUCGUGUUGCCUCUGAAUCUGAUUUGUCCAUAUGCAAUGAUUCGCUUGAUAUGGACGGUGACAGUCUUAUGGACGGCAGCGAAGAGGCUUAAGCAAU